AAAUAACACCUUGCAUUCAGACGUGGACCAGUUAGGUCAUACGUCACUACGUACGUACGUGCGUGCUAUGUCAUCGCCACCGGUGCACUUCCUUCAUCCGGGUAGAAGGUUUGUUGUUGCAGGUGCAUCUGUGUAUCUUCUGAAGUAUCUUCACUCGGAAGUUAGCCAUGAUGCUCGGUGCCCGUGGGCUCAGUGUGCGUGUGUUGGUGCAGAUGUUGUUUGCACAGCUGCUCUGGGGUCGUGUCUGGGGCUCCGAGCUCACCUUCGAGCUGCCAGAUAACGCCAAGCAAUGCUUCUACGAGGACAUCACCAUCGGGACUAAGUGCACCCUGGAGUUCCAGGUUGUCACUGGGGGCCACUACGAUGUUGACUGUCGUCUGGAGGAUCCGGACGGUACAGUUCUGUACAAAGAAAUGAAGAAGCAGUAUGAUAGUUUCACGUUUACUGCUGCGAAAAAUGGAACGUUCAAGAUCUGCUUCAGCAAUGAGUUCUCCACCUUCACACACAAGACUGUCUACUUUGACUUUCAAGUCGGUGAUGAUCCUCCACUCUUCCCCAACGAAAACCGAGUGACUGCACUAACUCAAAUGGAAUCUGCGUGUGUCUCCAUCCAUGAAGCCCUGAAGUCUGUGAUCGAUUAUCAGACCCAUUUCCGGCUGAGGGAGGCGCAGGGACGCAGCAGAGCAGAGGACCUGAACACCAGGGUGGCCUUCUGGUCCGUCGGGGAGGCGUUUAUCCUCCUGGUGGUCAGCAUCAGCCAGGUCGUCCUGCUCAGGAGCUUCUUUUCAGACAAGAAAACCACAACAACUCGCGUUGGAUCCUAACAUCUCCAAGUCAUUGUUAUUUUUGAUCUCUCUCUCUCACGUAUACACACACACACAAGGGACUAAAGGCUGCUGCCAUAGUUCAUUCUCCAAUUUUAGAACUACAUAGUUAAUGUUUAUUUAAAGAUGUAUCUGUUUGGCUUUACAUCUUUUAGGCUUAUGUAUGGAUUAACAUUCAAAUCCAACAAACGCUAUUUUCAGUGGUAAGAAGCAAAUCUUAAUUUAUUGCGUGGGUGUGUGUUUAAUUUUUACACUGCUUUCUUUAAUUUGUGACCGGGGGGGUGGGAGGAGCUACUUAACACACACUUAGCUCUGCCGAUCUGUUAAUGAAUUUGUGACUCUUGUGGUGCUUAGAGAUCAGCGGUAGGACUUCAGUAUUAGAUGAGUAUCAUAAAACACUUUCAAAAACACGUUAGAAGCACAUUGGGAUAACAUUCUUAUUGAAAGCAAAGUUAAUUUUCAUUUUUUCAGUUUAGUGCUUUGCAUUUGGUUGCAAAACAAGUGUUAAGAUUUUGGUGAGGGGUGUUUUUUUUUUUUUUUAAAUUACCUGUAGAAGUUAUUUUUGUUUAAGCAUCUGCUUGCUGGUGCUCUGCUGUUACAUUCUUAUAAGAGGUUUAUUCUGAACAGCUGUAUUUCUGGCACAUAAUUAGCAGGUAUUAAAAUUCAUGAACAUCACAUGAAAAAGGAAUUUAAUAAGCACCGACUUAAAUUAUAGAAUCUUGAAGCAUGAUUUAGAAAGCAGGCAUGAAAAGAAACUAAUCAUUCACUGAUUUGUGUUAAAAAAAAAAAAAAGACUAAAACAUAAUGGUGGUCAUUGAUUCUAUUUGCUCACAGUUAAACUUCACUGAGUAUACACUCCAGACACUCCAGAUGGUUUGGUAUCAAGUUUUAGCAGAACAUUCUGCUAAACAAAAAACAAAGGUUUUUGACUGUGUAAAUAGACCGUUUCUGAGUGUCCAGUACCUUGCAGUUUCAAACAUACCUGUCAUCAGCUGUAAGGUAGUAGUCGAGUGUGUUGGGAACACUGAAAGCAUGAAACUGCAGGGUAGAUGGUCACAAUGACUGUAAAUGAAAACAGGAAUUCCUACCCUGUGGCUGGAGAACUUGAUUUGUAAGAAAUAUCAGUAACUAAUCCAGUAAAAAUGGAGCUGUAUACAUCAACUGAUUUUGUCAAAUGCAUCCAUCCAUUGGGUCAAAAAAAUAAAAAGUGACUGUAUUUAGCUUGGAUGGAAAUGUGUACAUUGAUGUACUUGGGUAUUUUGUGGUGAAAAAUAUAGUUUGCAAUGAGUAUGAGUUAGGCUAAUAAAAAUGAUUUCCACCAGUAGUCCUGUUGGGUUAAGUGUGGGUUAAGUAGCAGAUUUCAAUUUGUUGACAUGGUUGUAUAAAGCAUCAUGUUCACAGAUUCUUUCUUUCUUUCUUUUCUUUUUUUUUUUUUUUUUUAUUAAACUGGCUUCACCAUAUUCUGUGUGCUAGCCUUGCCAUGGGUUCUCUUUUUCUUUCAUUUUCACAGUACAUUUGUUUUUCUUCAGUUAUCAAAUUAUAUACAGAUUUGUUCAGAGUUAACAAACUGCCCUGUUUUAUCACAUCCAGUGAAAAGAAAAUGGUGAGAUCUGGUGUACACAGUCAAUAAAUCUGUGAAACA